AUUGUAGGUUUUGAAAGAUUAUCCAGAUUGAGCAAGCUAGAGGUGCUUGACUUCUCAUGGAAUUACUUCAAUGAAAGCUUCCUAUCAUCCCUUGGUCAGUUCUUAUCGCUCAAGAAACUAUAUUUGAGAUACAACUUGUUAGAUCGACCAAUCAAUAUCCCAAUCUCAGAGUUGGGAAGACUAAAGAACCUACAGGAGUUGUAUUUGGAUGGUUCCUCUAUUGACAAAAGCUUCCUCAGUAAAGUUGGAGUUUUGACUUCCCUUAAUGUAUUGACAAUAUCAAAUUGUGGAUUCAAUGGAAGUUUGCCCAUCGUUCAAGGCUUGUGUGAGCUUAUGAAUCUACGAGAGUUAGAUCUCAACUUUAAUGAUUUUGAAGGGCUACUGCCUUCAUGUUUGGCAAACAUGACACAACUUCGAAUAUUUGAUAUCUCUUCAAAUCGCUUUAAUGGAAGCAUUGAUCAUCUCUCCCCUCUACCUAGUUUGAAGUCACUUGAGUACUUUGAUUUAUCACGUAACUACUUCAACCCAAGCACAUUCUCCUCAUUUUUUAAUCUCUCAAAGCUUGAGGUCAUAUUUAGUGAUGGCAACAACCUGGUUGAUGAAACUCUAAUAUCUACUACAUUCCUUCAUUACCAGUUUGACUUGCAACUACUAUUUCUCCCUCACAACAAUUUGACAGGAAAGUUCCCCACAUGGUUGCUAGAAAACAAUACAAGGUUGGAGGUUCUUAAUUUGAGAAAUAACUCUUUUACAGGCACUUUGCAGCUGCCCAGUCAUCAUAUUCCCAACCUUUCUCUUUUAGAUAUUUCAUUUAAUCAUAUUCAAGGUCCAAUUCCAACUAACUUUGGUUUAAUUUUUCCGAGUCUAGUGUUUUUAAAUAUUUCUAAAAAUCACUUUGAAGGUGUUAUUCAUCCUUCUUAUGAUUGGAUUGGCAACCUUUCAAGUUUGAGCAUUCUCCUCUUGAAAGCAAAUUAUUUACAUGGACAAAUCCCACUUCAAUUAUGCCUUUUAGAAGAACUAAGCUUGUUGGAUCUUUCCCACACUAGUUUUUCUGGUCAAAUACCUUGUUGCUUGAGUAACUUUACUAGUGAGCCAAGCUACAACAAAUCUGAGUCAUCAAACUUUGCCCAAAUAUAUUUCGAAAUAUCCGACAUGUUGUCAUUCUUGCAUUCCACUAUGAUAAUGAACAGCAAAUUCUUUGACUUUUACUAUGACGAUUUUAUGUUCUUCAAUGUGGAUGCACUACAAGAAGUGGAGUUCUCAACAAAGCAUAAUACUCUCUCCUACAAAGGUGACAUCCACAACUACAUGUCUGGGAUUGACCUUUCAUGCAACAAAUUAGAAGGAGAAAUUCCAACCGAGCUUGGAGAUUUGAGUGACAUCCAUGCGUUGAACCUGUCGUUCAACAAUUUAACGGGAUCAAUCCCCACUGAAUUCUCGAAACUCAAGCAAAUUGAGAGCUUGGAUCUAUCACAUAAUAACUUGGAUGGUAUUAUCCCCCCUCAAUUGGUAGAGUACUCACUAGCCGUCUUCAAAGUGGCACACAAUAACUUAAGGGGUACAACCCCAGAAAGAAAAGCUCAGUUCGGUACCUUUGAUGAAAGCAGUUACGAGGGAAAUCCUCUCCUGUGUGGACCUCCACUACAGAAGGCUUGCACUAAAACUGAACCAUCAUCUACCUUUCCAACUGACAGUGAAGGAGAUGAAGCUUGGGGUUUUAUAGACUUGGAAGUCUUCUACGUCAGCUUUGCGGUGUCUUAUGUGAUAAUGUUGCUAGCAAUUGUUGCCAUUCUCUACAUAAAUUUGCACUAG